AUGGAUAAUAAACUUAAGGAAUACAAUAUGCAAAGAAAGAAAAAGGAUAGUGAGCUUGAUAGGAAAGAGGAAGAUAAGAAAAAGGAAGAAAAGAAGCUACGAAUAAUUAAAGGAUUGCCAAAAACAACUUACUAUCACAAGUUUGGCUCUUCUAGUACUCUGACUAAUGCUGCUAAAGAAACCC